GAAGAGGAUUUUCUCUUCUGUCUCUCCACUCUUCUCUCACCUUUACACUCAUCGUUUUCAUUGCUGCUUUUUGCCUGCAAGAUUAUCUUCUCAACUUGUUCUCCAUCCAUACCAUCAUCUUUUAAACCCCUUGACUUUGCCCUUUUUCCCCUCCUUGUUUCUUUCUGUCCCUUGCACUGGAACAAAAUCUUCAACCUGCCACCACUGGAGUCCUUGCAGAUGUCCGCAGCCUGCCGCUGAGUGGGCGCUUGCCAGCAGCCCAGAUGCAUUUGCGAAUCUUUGCCAUUGUGAUAUCCUUGCUAUGUGAGGUGAUCAGGAUAGGGUCGGGCGUUAUGCAGAAACAAAGUGCUCCCAGGGAGACACCCGAGGACCCCUGUCGGAGCUGUCUGGAGUGUUCCAGUGACAAUGGCUGUGUGCGUUGCCCAGAGCGACUCUUCCUGUUCCUGGAGAGGGCGGGGAUGUCUCACCAUGGAACCUGUCUCCACGCCUGCCCCACGGGACACUACGGACAGAGAGGGAAGGACAUCAACCGCUGCAUGAAGUGUCGCUCGUUGGACUGUGAGCACUGUUUCAGCCGGGACUUCUGCACUAAGUGUAAGUCUGGCUUCCAGCUGUACAAAGGCAAGUGUCUGACCCGCUGCCCAGAGGGAACCAUCGCCCACCAGACAGACUGCCUCGAGGAUUGUACCCAGGCUUCAUUGGGAGAGUGGAGCGACUGGAGUGUCUGUCUCCGUGAUGGCGUCACCUGCGGCUUCAGGUGGGGCAAGCAGACCAGGACCCGGGGGGGUGGGCAUUCCGGGAGAACACCUGAAGAGAAAGAAGCAUCUAUUUGCCCGUUACACAGCGAGACACAGAGGUGCAGGAUGAAGAAAAAAUGUCCUACAGAAGCAGUGGUGUAGAAGAAGGAAGCUUCCUGAGUUUUUUUUUUGAUGCUAACAAAAUGUCCAAGGUUCAGGGUUCCUUAUUGAUAGGUAUAUGUACCUGCAGAGUGUGAAUACUCUGGAUAACAUCAUGUUGUAAUGUACAUGUUAGUUAAGCAUCGAGAUUAUUCUUAUGGCCUAUCAAGUUAGUUUUCAGAGUAAGCCUUUUUACCAUCCCGCCGUCUGUUAAUAUUAAUGUAUUGUGAACAUCACAGUCAAACUUCAGCACAUGAACUCUUGAACAAGAAGACUUUUCGUAGUAACUUCUGCUUUUCUUAGCCUCCCGUUAUGAGACCUCCCACCAAAUUCCUCCAAAUUAAACAACAAAAUAUGUUGUUGACAGGAUGACAUUGUUACACAUCGCUGUUGAAAGAUGAAUCAGUUUUAUAAUGUGACAACACUGGUGGUUAAGAUUUGGUUAGGUUUAGAGAAACAUUGUGAUGUGUGUUGAAAUGAGGUUAGGGGAUCUUUGUCGUCGUGGUUACAAUUAUAACCACUUGGUUAAGGUUAAGGAAUGAUCAUGGUUAAAAUAAAUAGAUCUCCUUGUAGUGUUAUUAACAGA